AUGACGGACAAGUUCCCAGUGGAUCUAACGGAGACCUCGUUCUCCGAGGAGCUCAACGACAUCAGCAGCAGCGGCUCACCCGCCGCUGUGCCCGAGGAACUGCGCUGCCAAUACUCGAGCAAGCGCUGCGAGAACCAGCGCACGCACAAGAAGAGCGGCGGGCUGCACAAGUUCUGCGCCAUGCACCGCAAGAAGGCCAACCGCAACCAGAUGCGCCUCGACCACCGGCGCCGCGUCAUGAAGCAGCAGCAGAAGGAGCUCCAGCGGCAGCAACAGGCCCAGCAAUUGCAGCAGAUUCAGGCCCAGCAGCAGAUGCAGAUGCAGCGGACACACAGCCACGCCUCGGUCGCCGCCAUGGCGGCAGGACAGAGCUUCCGCUACAGCAGGACGCAGCGCACCCCCGUCGGCGCCAUGCGCAGUCCGGUCGGCGUCAAGCCCAUGUCGCCGCCCAACAUGACGAUCAGCAUGAGCAUGCCCGUGUACCCGGCGAUGGAGAUACCGCCUCAGCAGCCACGGCCCCAGCAGCAGCAGACGCCGAGCAUCCCGCUGUUCGACCAGCACGACCUGGAGAUCUUGGAGGCACUGCUGUUCAGCAGCGACGAGGAGCAGAGCGACGCAGCCCCGGUCGUGCACUGCAGCACGCCGCAGUUCUUUCCGUCGCCGUCCGUUGUGAACGUUUGA